GCGGGGCCCGCGUCAGUCCGGCGCGAGCCGCCGAGCGAGCGCCAUGUCUGCGUGCGCGCCGCGCGCCUGUUGCAGGCCGCGCGCCCCGGCGACGCUCCUCGACAUCACCGCUAAAAUAGUGGCCGCGGCGAUCCCGUUCCAACGAAUCGAGGAACGCUAUGAGCGCAUCCCGGAACCCGUGCAACGUCGUGUGGUGUAUUGGUCGUUUCCUAGGGACGAGCGGGACAUUUGUAUGUACUCGUCCCUGGCGCGAGCGCCCCCGGAUGACCACCGCAACAUCGCCUUUUGCCGCGGGCUGAAGCUGCUGGAAGCCGGUUGUGUGGAGAGUGUGCUACAAGUCGGUUUCCACUUGAGCGGGGUGGUGCGUGCACCGGCGGCGGUUCCGCCAUGUUCGGAGCCCGAACGUCUAUACAGGGUCACUGUCUCCUUCGACCGGUGCAAGAUCACCGGUGUGACAUGCAGCUGCGAGGCGCGGGACAUCUUCUGGUGCCAACAUGUUGUGGCACUGGCGCUGUACCGCAUCAGGAACGCAGACUCCGUCCGACUGCGAGUGCCCAUAUCAGAAACCCUCCUCCAAAUGGACAGGCAGCAGCUUCAAAAGUUCGUCCAGUACCUUAUCGCCGAGCACCACACGGAGGUGCUGCCGACGGCACAGCGGUUAGCUGACGAGGUCCUUCAGGCCCGGUCGGCUAUUAACAGGAUCUGUGGUGCUCCGGACCCUACGGCUGGACCGCCACCAGAUGCUCAUCAUGCAUGGCAUUUGGAUGAACAACAGGUGUGCGAGCAAGUCAGGGCGUACUUACUACAGGGGACUUAUUACAAUGCAAAUAAGCAACUCAAUUCAUUAUUUUCUAAGGUACGAGAAAUGCUUCGAGCCCAAGACUCCAACGGUCCUCGAAUGCUAAUGCUCAUGACUGAGCAGUUCCUCUCCGAUCCUCGCCUCCUCCUCUGGAGGAACCAGAACACCCCCAUGACAGAAAAGUGCCGACAACUUUGGGAGCAGCUAGGAGCGCUCUGGGUCAGCAUAGUGCUGGACCCGGGCAGCAACAAGCAUCACAGGAUACAAUGGAGGCACUUGUUAGAGAAGUGGAGUGCGGUGGAGGUGUGCCCUACUGAGGAUCCGGAUUACAGAUCGUUUCCACUGUACGCGAGAGAAAGGGAAAGAAACGAGAGAGAUCGUGACAGAGAUCACAGGGACAGGGACAGAGAAAGACAUCGUGAUAGGGAAGAAAGGGACAGGGAGAGGCUACGAGAGCGCGAGGAGAGGGACAGAGAAAGACAUAGGGAAAGACAAAGGAGAGAAAUGCAUUCCCAUUCGGAGAGUUCCGAUGAAGAACCUAGACCUAAUAAUUAUGAACGAGAAUACAGGAGAGCCAGUAAGAGAUUAAGACUUCACAACCAAAGGCCGGCGCCUUCGCUCACGCCUCGAACAGUUUUCCACAAAGCGCUGGACGCAGUAGACAUAUCCUGGGAGAAUGAGCACCUGAAGAACAUCCUCGGCAGCGACGAGUACGCGGACUGCGAGAAGGGCAAGCCGGGGGGAUCCAACACUAAGCAGCCUUACCCUAAGUUCAACGACCUUGGACAACCUUUGUGGCACGAGCACUUGCCUGUGGUGGGAGCGCGGAUAGAAGCGCUACGGGCACAUGGGCGUGCGCCGGCGGCGCUGCGGUUAGCUGUCAGCGCCGCGAGGGCCAUGCGGCAUCGGCAGGAGGUCGCCCAACAGCGAUGGCAAGAGGUCGGCGCCGGCGAAGCCUCCUCCAGCGGCGGCGCCACGCCCGCCUGCCCCGGGCCCGACGCCUGCCCCGGCACGUGCGGAGAGCGGGUCAAGCUGUCACAAGUGUGCGCGCACAUGGACCCGGGGGCGUGUCUAGCUGGCGGGCCGACGUGCGCGCUGUCGCACUCGCACCGGUGUAUAGGGAGAGACAGCUUAUGCUGGACGGGCUGGACGCUGGAGGCAAUUUGGUGCGUGUACGAGUGCCUCGCGGACGCGUGCCUCGCGCCCGACGACCAGCGCGCCUCGCCUCGCCUCCAUACGUAUUUGGACGAGGAGCCCAACACUGGUUUGCCUCCUAGAUACCAGCACGUACCCGUAGCAGGCAGCAAGAACCCCGAAGAAACGUACUUGGCACUAGCUCUAGAAGCAGCUCUUCUAGGACUGGGCUUACAGCGGAUGUUACCAAGCGGUCUCUACGCGCAAGAGCGUUAUUGCAAACAGGAGGAGCGACUAAUAGGCCAACUGCAACGCGUGGAAGGCGAGGCGGCGGCGGCGGUGGGCGCGCGCGUGGCGACGGCGCUGCUGGACGGCGGCCCCUCCUCGUGUCUCGGCGCGCGAGUGCAUCCCCGCUCGGCGCCCGCGCAUACGUUCGCAAGGUUCCUGUUCCUGGCGCUGUUGCCCGCGGAGCCGGAGUUAGCGUAUAGAGUGGGACUGAGGGCUAUGAGAUUACCAAUGGUGGAAGAGGCGUAUGCGUUAGACAGCGCCGGCGGGACCGGCGCGGCAGGCGGCGGCGCUGGUGCGUGGCACACAUUACAGCACGCCGAGCAGCAACAAGCGGCUCUCGCCAGCGCACUCUUAGGCGCAGCAAGAGGCAACCCGGGCCGUCUCCGAGCCGCGCUAGCCGCCGCACAACGCCACGUGCGUUCGGCAGCACAACUGUUCCGACUCGCACAGGACGCGCUGCGACACGCCGCGCCGCCCGACGCGCCGCACCACCACCGCGACCUGCUGCACGCCGCCUUCGAGCUAGGACUGCAGGUGCUACGGAUGACAUUAUCCUCGGUGAACUGGCGGAGACGCGAGAUGGUCCGCUGGUUAGUCACGUGUGCCACGGAGCUCGGGCUCGACGCGCUGCUCUCUAUCAUGCAAAACUGGUACGAGCUGUUCACGCCAACGGAGGCGACAGGACCGGUGGCGGCAGCUGCCAUGUCCCACGCCACGGCGCUGCGUUUAGGGCUCAGCUUCGAGCAGCAGGAGAAGCUUAGCGCCUGCGCGAGGACGCUAGCCCUGCAGUGCGCCGCCAAGGACCCGCCGGGCUGCGCCCUGAGCGCGCUGUCGGUGUGCGAGGGCUCGGCGGGCGCGUUCGAGGCGGCGUGCGCGGCCGUGGGCGGCGCGGCGGCGCGCGGCGCGCUCGCCUCCAGCCAGCUGUUCGCCGUCGCCAGAUACAUGGAGCAGCGCGGACAGCCCGCCAGGGCCAUGAGGCUGGCGACUUUAGCCAUGAGAAAUCUGCACCUCCAUUACAACCAGGACAGCCAUCCAGCUAUUGCAGAUAUUCAUUGGGCCGUAGCGUUGGCACAUUCGCUGGGUCGCGCCGAGCUGCAAGCCAUGUUGCCUCUUCUCGUCAAGAACGUCCAAUGCGCUCCAGUAUUGUCGGACGUGCUGCGGCGCUGCUGCGUGGCGGCGGCGGGCUGCUCGCGCGCGCGCCCCCCGCCCCCGCGGCCGCCCACGCCGCUGCGCCCGCUGCUGGAGGCCGCGCUGCGCGCCUACGCCUCCACCACGCACGCGCGCCUCGCGCACAUCUCCCCCCGACAUUAUGCAGACUUCGUCGACUUCCUAGGUAAAGCUAGAGACACAUUCGCGCUCGCACACGACGGUCCCCAUCAGUUCGCAGCUCUGUUACAGGAAAUCAAACUCAAGUACAAGGGCAAGAAGAAACUAAUGUUCCUCGUUAAAGAGCGCUUCGGCUGAACAUUGAUGCCAUAUAUAUAACGGUUAUUUUUGUAUGAUCACCAACGAUUUUCAUCUUGAAAAACGGUUUUAAGUAGCCAAUAUCCUCUUACAAUACCUAACUAAAUUGGUUUGUCCAAAUCGAAAUCUUCCAAAAACCUGGAUUGCAUUUCUUAAUCUAGAAACAAGCUGGACUAAGCCCAAUUGACUGAUUUACGAAAUAUUAAUAUCAUAAAUUGCGUAUUUGAAAUGUUUUUAAAUCUCUCAAUUUAACCUGUCGCCAAAACUAGGUUCGUUCGUCCAGAACCUUACGAGUUUUGAGGGUGCGGUAUGUAGUCCAAAUGUCAGUUUGGAAAACUCGAAUAUUCCAAAAUGUAUAGUAUAAACGCGGUUGUUAGUAAUAUUUCGGAAAUUAUUCCAGUGCGUUAGGAUAGUAAUAUGGACCUUUAUGACGCAAUUGCUGUAUUUCUUCAAGUAUGAUAUCGGAUCUCAAAUUCAGAAUGGCUCAGAUUUACAUUUCGUUUAUAAUAGGCAAUCUUUUUUUUUUUCAUUGCAACAGGGCGAAAGAAGCGGCUUUAAUAUGUAACCUUAAUUUUACAGUUUCUAAUCAAUGACAUUUUAAAGAUCCGUUUUGUUCGCUCUGCUACAUUUUAUUGUUACAAAUAUGAAAGUGUUAAGCGCUAGUCGGUAUUCCAACGCUGUUGUCAUUUGUUUUUUAAAAGUGCAAUCGAUCCGUUUGUUUUUUUGUUAUAUUCGUGCAAUAUGGCGCCGUUCUUUACUGUUUGUCUUUGUCUAUGGCCAUAGACGAAAUCGUACUUUUACCGGUAAGGUAAACAUCAAUACCUCAUACAUGGUAACACUGAGUACCAAACCAGUCUAACGUAAAGUAUUAUUUUUUAUUUAAGGCAUAGAUAAUAGACCUCAGAAAUGUCAUUUUAAUGUAAGUAAAUAUUGUAAUGAUCUCAAUGAUUCCAUUUUGUGUAAAUAGACUUAAUUGGUGUAAAUAUAGAUAAGCUUAGGGAUCGGAGGUAUGUACGUAUAGUUCUUUUCGGUUUGUGCGAACGGUUUAGUUUUCUUAUCAGCAAAUGUAAAUGAAUCAAGGAUACUCUGAACGGUAUUUCUUAUAUAUCAAUAUAUGUUAGGGUGUUUGCACAGACCUAGGAUAGUAUAGUUCGCCGUCGUAUAGCGUCCGUAAUGGAAUCAAUCAAUAAAUAUGACAAAACACCAAAGAAAUAUUAAAAUAAGUCCAAAAGUGUGAGAUAACCAUGCCGUUCUCUCUUUAAAUGAGCGUCCACUCUCUUCUCUAUGGUGUAAUUUUUUUCAACCGCCUUACUCCAUUUUUAAAGAACUUGAUAUUAUUAUUUGUUCCUAGCCAGACUGAAAAUUAUUAAGGAUCUAUAUUUGAACCACUUAUUUCCGCCUUCUUGUUUGAAGCUCUCAUGUUCACUUGUUUAUGUUAGUUUUAAAUUGUUUUUUUUUUUUACCAGCUUACGUUUGGCUAGAUGACAAUUGGUUUAUAAAGUGGAGGCUAAUUAAUAUUAGUUUUUACUUCAUUAUCCAAUUAUCAAGUAUGUUUUGCAUAUUAUACUUUUACUUCGGCGUCUUAGACUCUGGUAUUUUUAAACUUGUAACUUUCACUCUAACGUAGCGUAGAUAAACUAACAAGAAGUGCAUUUAUAAAGAUAGAUGUUUAAUGUUUAAAUACACAUUCGGAUAGUGUUCAAAUAUUAGUAUGAAUUGGAAAUAGUUAUUAAGGAUAAAAACGGGGAAUUUUGUACUUUUUGUGGUGUUGUGGGUUGGGCAACCAGUCUUAAAAAUACUUAAAUUUUACGGAAAUUGCCAACCCUAUUAUGUGUCAAAUAAAAAAAUAGAGUCACCACACAUGACUGUCUAAAAUUUGUUUCGUUUUAUAAUUAUUGUAUAUAAAUAUUAUUGGUAAAGUCUUUAGUUACAGCGCUGAGUGUUCGAAUACUUCCAUCUGGGAUUGGCACAAUUUUAUAAUCAUAAUAAUAAAUAUAAUAACUGGCUUUAGUUCCCUUUAUAAACCAAACGAGCUUACAUAAAAAUAGCCAAUUCGCACAAUAAAGAAUAAUUAAAUCAAAAUUGGACUGUCUUGAAUAAACCUAUAUGAAUGAGAACAUACAUAUAUAAAAUUGCGUAUUCAAAAUAUGUGUACAGAUGUAGUGCAUAAUUGUUUUACAUCGUAUUUUCUCGGAAACGUUUAUAUUCGUCAUGCUACGUCAGUCAACCUCAGUACUUUUUGUACCGAGACUGACUGAAAUAGCAAGACAUGUUCGUACGUUUCCGUGAAAAAGCGAUGGAAAAUAAUUAUGCACUACAUCUGUAUCGGCCGAGAAGUGAAUGUAUCAAAGGGAACAAAGCUGCAAUCAGACAGCAAGUUUUUAGUUUCGAAUGUAGACUAGGAUGACUUGUCAAAUUUAAAAGUAGAGUACACAAACAGAAAUAUGACAGUCAUAUUUUUGUUUGUCAUAUUAUGACUACCUACCGGAGUUUCGAGGUUUGUCUAAGUCUACGAUUAUAUACGUUUGCAUUUUCAGCGCCAUGUAAAAAAACAUUUGUAAUUCGGACUGAUAAGCAAACAAUUAAUAAUCAAUGCAAGAUUCUAAAACUUAAUAACAUUCAGUUGAUUUUCGCUGACUGAUCGUACAGUCAAGUGUAAAAAUGUACCUAGAUAUAUUACUGCACCUGCACUCAUCAUACUAAAAAAUAUGUCCCAUAGCUCUUAAGUCAGCGAAUUACGGGUCAUCCAUUAAUUACAUCACACGUUUAGGGGGGGUCAAGAAAAUGUGACAUGCUGUGACAAGGGAAAGGGGGGUCACAAACUUAUUUAAAUUAAUUUAUUCGCUGUACAGUUAAAUAACAAGUUUUUGGAACGAUAAACGUUUUUAAUCGUUUAAUUUUCUUUCCUAAUAUGAUUUAGAUUUAGAUUUAUUUAUUUCAUAAUAUUAAAUUACAAUAUAAAUUAUUUUUACACUAAUCUAUACGAAUUUAUAUUAUGAUCGUCAAGUGGAAAAUAACAAUUGAUUAUAAUUAUACAAAAACAAUACACAAUUUAAAAACCAUUUGAAUAAGCAAUCGAUUAAUUGAUAAAAUAUAUUUUUGGGUUAUAAAAUGUCUAAUAUUUCUUUUGUCAAAAAUAUUUUGAUAAAAUAUUAAUAAUAUAUAAUUCGUUUUGACGAUUUCAUUGAAAAAAUGUGACGUCACACCAGGGGGGAGGGGUUUGCCAAAUGUGACCAAGUGUGACAAGGAGGAGGAGAGGGGUCAAAAAACCUCGAAAUUCGUGUGACGUAAUCAAUGGAUGAACCCUUAAGAUCUAUGGGACAUAUUUUUGAGUAAGUUGCACGCACCCAUAUUUUUUAACUUGACUGUAUAUAAAGGUACAUUUAUUUUGGUUACCCAGUCUGAACCAUGGUACAAAUUGUACAUUUUGUACUUAUUCGUAAGUCGACUGUGUAAAUUUAGAAGCAAUAAUUUCGCCUUAGCCGGCCUGUGUUUCAAGUGUUUACUGAAAUUGUAUAAAACAAGCCAGUUGUUAACUGUAAUCUCGCCCAAAAUAUUGAUAAAUACUUUUUAAAAAAUCAAAACGAACCAAAUUUCAACACUGAUAUAUUUACUUAAAUAUAUAAAUUCGAUAACUGAUAUAUUUGUUAUGGAAAUAGUAGCAAAAGAGCGAGAUCUUUCGCAAAUAGUUCGUCGUGAACAAGUUGUAUAAAUACCAAUAUCUUGGGCGUAAUUUAUUUUAUUAUUUAUUAAUAUUUGUCACCAUUUCAAAUUCAUCUUCACUAUCGCUUAGUGGUUGAAAGAAAUAUAUGAUAUUGUCAUAAUUUAAAUGUAUGAAUUGUUAUCGCAAAUUAAGUAUUUUCUUUUAGAUAGUAAUACUGACAAGGACAUAUUAAAAAUUCAUGUCACAUAAUUUCAAGUUUCAACCAUGCUACCGACUUAACAAAAAUAAUGUGAAUUACUUUUUUUUAUCUCGCUCUGUAGUAUGUUUAGGUAUGUGGACAGAAGAGUGAUAGCAAAUCAAUCAAAUUACGUUCUUGUACAUUAGCCUACGUAGGAUUUCCUAAAGAACUAUGUCACUUAAAGUCUCUCACUUUUCUGUUCAAUAAGAAAUUCAUACAGAAGUCGACUUGCCAAAUUGUAACGCCAAACCUCAAGUGCCUUCAGGCGAGUCCAUUGCGCCAGGCCGGCUGUUCGAUUCCCAACCUUAUUUGUACGUGCUCAGUGUCGAUUAUAUUUUGUAAUUGUGUUUUACGUAAAACGUGGACACCCUUCAGUGCUGGUAUGACGAAGGUGAUACUUUCAAUAUAAAUAAUUGAAAACUA